GAUCACAGCAGUGUAAAGGAGCAGCCAAGACCCAGCAAGCUGCACAUACAGGUUUCUCCCUGCAGAUGGAUCAAGCUCCAUCCCUCCACAACCACCUCCCAUCCCUUCCAAUCAUCCUCCCAUGAACAGAGCUCUCACUUGCUCACAGAGUUUGUUGAGAGAGGACAUCCCUUCCCAGGAAGGCAGCAACAAUAGGGUGAAACAUGUGUUGAACCAAGAAGAUUGAGUAAAGAGGCAAACAACUGCAAACUGUAGGAAAGCAAUUAAUACAAACAAGAGAGGAAAUUAACUACAAGAAAAAAGGAAAAAUAAUGGAAAAUGAAAAUAUAAGAACAAAACCACUAAUUUAAAAUAUCAAGUAGAAAGUGUAACCUUGAAGAAGAAGAAUAGUAUCAUUAUCAGAAGAUUCUUACAAUAAGGAAUAAAAAGCAAAGCAAAUACAGAUCCAAAGGGAUUGUGUCUUCCUCAAUCGUGUUUCUUUCUGAUGUUUCAGGAUAAAGCAUUUUCUCUAGCACCGAAUUUGUGCCCAAGAACAUUCUAUUUCUGACUUCCUAAGGAAAAACAUUUGAAUUUCUUAGAUUAAUAUUUUAAGCAGGCUUUCUAUCUAAAAAGUUCUGUUCCCUGUAAAGCUGAUACUGAGGACGUUCCGCAUGGAGUGGCUUAUAUAUCUGGGGUUUUGCUGGCUUGCAUUCUGGGACCCUUGGUUGGUGAAAGCAAGAACACCAAAUACAAAAGCAGGUCUUGGUGAUGAAGUGGUGCAAGGAACACCCAAAUCUUUGGUGCCCACCGAGUUACCACAGGUAGUGGCAGACCGUUGCCGAGGCUAUUAUGAUGUCAUGGGUCAGUGGGACCCACCAUUUAAUUGUAUUGCCAGCAGUUAUUUGUACUGCUGUGGAACAUGUGGAUAUCGCUACUGCUGCCAAUUCAAACAUGAUAGGUUAGAUCAGAGCUUGUGCUCAAACUAUGAUACCCCAAACUGGGCAAACACUGGAAAACCUCCUGCACGAGGAGAAGAGUCAAAUGAUGACCCAAGCAAAGACAAAACCAACAUGAUUGUUUAUAUAAUUUGUGGAGUAGCUGCUCUCAUGGUUCUUGUGGGGAUCUUCACUAAGCUGGCAGUGGAGAAGACACAGAGGCCUCAAACUGAUAUGAGUGUAUCCAGGACUCUAGCAGAACUCCUGAAGCAACCAGCCCAUGUGGACCUUUUGAAUGAUGGCCGUAGAGAAAGUGUCCAAGUACAGAUUACGGAAGUUAUACCAAGAGUCUCGCCAAGGAACAGCAUUGAUCACACAACCUUAAAUAACAUUGGCCUGACUUCUCCCCUGGUGCCACCAAUCGGUCUUACGUUACCUCUUGCUAAUAGAACACUGCUGGUUUCUGGAAUCCCAGUGAAAGACCAGGAUUUUAACAAGUACACCACCCUAAAAGCUGUCGAAACUGCAACAGAGGAUUUUUUCAAGAGAUUUCCAUUGGCGGAGGUUACUGGAGGUUCCCCGUGUUACAAGCCUGCAGGGCUGCAUGUACAGGACAGUUCACCUCUGCCUGACAUUUCCUCUCUCAACCAUUCAAAGCCAAACCACAAGGCCAAAGUGGCUAAAACCAAUACCCACCCACUAGCAGGCGCUGGAUUCCAGGGCUGGGAUCCAAGUCAUCAUGACAAUCGAAGACAUGUCUAUGCCAAUAAGAGGCAGUACAGUAUUGAGAAGCUCCCUGAACUGUUCAGCCAGCAAGGUCAAUACACCAACACACCCCAGCGACAGUUCUCUAGCAACAGCACAACUGAAGUGACUGUCUGAAAGGCCCCAUAGCUACCAUGAGGCAACACCAGGUGGAUGGUAGACACAUAAAUGAUACAUGCCUGCAUCCUAAGUUUGUGGGACCACAGAAAGACAGAAGGUGGCAGUGGCAAAGUGGUUCUCCUGCUCUGGGUUAGCUAAAUUCAGUUCUUUGAAGACUGAAAUAGGGCAAACAGCAUAAAAUGGGCACUAACAAAUAUUGCAGUGAAUGAUUCAUUUGUUGAAUAAGAACCUGUAUAAUUCUGAUUCAUGCAUCUUUUCAUCCUAAAAUAAAAAUGUGCCUACAACGGCUUCGGAACCCAGUUUGCUGCAGAUUAGGGGCCUAGAACAAGAUAUCACUCAUUCCUGUUUUCUCUUUCAGUGCUUUCUUGAAAGUACCUGCACAGUAAAUGUGUUGUCCUUUUGAUAUUGUUAUUGUUGAACCUUUUUAUUACCGGUCCUAGGUUAGCAUGAUAAAAACCUGACCUUGCUCCAUGUCAGCAAUCUAACUGUCCAGACCGACUUGCACUGUCCAUGCAUAUUGGAUCUGCUCAGUAUUCUGAUUUUACUAUGAAUUAUAGUGAUCAUUAACUCCAAAUAACGUUUAGGUUGGAAUGCUGUAACAAAUGCCACCAUCAUGAUUAUAGUUGCUGUUGUGAAUGCUGGCAUGCGCUCUUCUCCUGAGCAGACAAAGGAAGCAUUUCUUAAGCCUUUGUCUUCAGCUUUUGAAAUGUAAUUACAUAAGAUCGCUGCCAAAGUUUCUCCCUGGGGUGUUAAAAAUGACGUGGGUAGCAUAUAUUUUUAUUUUACCCCGUCCAUCCCCUGUCACAACAGCACUGCUAUUUGUCAAUUAAUCUAUCUCUCAAUAGUAACUCUGAAUUAGAUACCACUCAGGGAUAAAGACAAAAGUGCAUGUAACGGCAACAUUAUUCUAAGUACUGAGAGCAGGUAAGACACAAAAUCUGCUGUCAAGUUCUAAUAAACCUUACUUUUCCCAGUUAACAACUGCAUUAUUAAGGCUUAUGGGUUUAACAUACAUUUAUGUUCAACAUGUGCCCAAUAAAUAGGGGAUGUAUUGGAAGUGCAUUGUGCCCUAUUGUUUUAAUUUUCACUAUUUUAUCGUUAAUUAGUUGCUGUACUAAAUAGAACAGUGCAAAUGAUGAAUGUUUUUUUUUACUCUCGAACCACCUCCCUCAGUUCGUCAGGGAUGAAGAUUAUGCUGAAUGAGAUGUUCCUUCUAAAUUAAUGAAUGCAGUCAUUAAAAUAAAUUAAAAUAA